UAAUAAUUUCAAAAACCAUGUUUACCAACUUGAUAUCCCGCCGCAACGCAAAAUCUUAAAGUGACUUAACUUUCCUUAUUAUUUUUCCUUUUGCAAUGGCUGAUGUAUACAAGAGAAAUGAAAAAUCUUUAGGAUUACUUACAACACGUUUUGUUUCAUUAUUACAAAAAGCCAAAGACGGUGUGUUAGACUUGAAAAUUGCAACUGAUUUGUUGGCUGUUCGACAAAAAAGGAGAAUAUACGAUAUAACCAAUGUCUUAGAAGGUAUCGGCUUAAUUGAAAAACGCAGUAAAAAUAGCAUACAGUGGAAAGGUGUUGGUCCAGAUUGUACAUCAAAUGAAAUAGGAGACAGAGUGACUUUAUUGAGAAGGCAGAUUGGGCGCUUGGAGGAACAUGAAGUGUUGAUUGAUAAACACCUUCAUUAUAUUGAGCAAAGUUUAAAGAAUGUGCUGGACGACACUGAUAAUCACACAUUGUCCUAUGUCACAGAGGAUGAUGUUAAAAAGUGUUUUAAGGAUACUCAAGUAUUAGUUUUAGAAGUUCCUCUUGGAGCAAAUUUAGCUGUUACUUCACCCUCAGCCAAGGACAAGCUUUCAAGUUACAGUUUACAUGUAAAGUCAACAGAACAAAUUGGUGUUAUACAUGUAUCUGAUAUGGAAAAAGAAAAGGCUAACAUGGAAGAGAAUAUAGAUGAUGAAGUACAGAGCUACACAAAUAGUUGUGAUGAUGCAUAUCAUCAUUCAAACUAUUUAUUAAGACUGAGUCCUCCGAUAACGAAACAAGACUUUGCAUUCUCGCUGCGAGGCAGUGAAGGAUUGUGCGAUUUAUUUGAUAUACCUUGUUAAGAAUAUUAUUAAAAUCAUAUUUUUUUUCAUUUAUAUUUACACAAAUCAAAGACAUUGUUUCUAUUUUGUUUACA